GGGACGCCGGGGGCGCUGACGUGGAGGGCCCAGCGCGGGCCCGGGCGGGGCUGGGAACUCUUGGAUCUGACAGGUAACUUUGAAAAGGAAACCUCCGAGGGAAGGAAGCGCGAGGAAGACGGUGGAAGCACUUCCCCGAGGCCGGGGCCGGCUUCCAGACAGCCUGCGAAGAGAGCCAGGGCAAAGACAGCCUCGGACGCAGACCGAAAUCUAGCCGGCAGGGAACACGCACUAGCCAGUGCUGACUUGGAAGAAGAAACUCGCCAGAACCAAACACAGAAAAAGAAAACUCAGUCUAGUGCUAAAGUAUUAGAUAGAAAAGUACUUGAUGAUGUGGAUAAGAAACUUGAUGUAAGGCAGAGAAAGAAAAUUCAAGUCAACCAAGAAGAAGAGAGGUUGAAGAACGAGAGGACUGUGUUUGUUGGGAAUUUGCCUGUUACAUGCAAUAAGAAGAAGCUGAAGUCAUUUUUUAAAGAGUAUGGACAAAUAGAAUCUGUACGAUUUCGCUCUCUGAUUCCAGCAGAGGGUACUCUAUCCAAAAAGUUGGCUGCAAUAAAACGUAAAGUUCAUCCUGAUCAGAAAACUGUGAACGCUUACGUUGUGUUUAAAGAGGAGAGUGCUGCUGCGAAGGCACUGAAAAGAAAUGGGGCCCAGAUUGCAGAUGGAUUUCGUAUUCGAGUUGAUCGUGCAUCUGAGACGUCAUCUAGAGACAAAAGAUCAGUCUUCGUGGGGAAUCUUCCUUACAAGGUGGAAGAACCUGCGCUGGAGGAGCACUUUGUGGACUGUGGGUGUGUUGUGGCCGUGAGGAUCGUGAGAGACCCAGUUACAGGAGUUGGCAAGGGCUUUGGCUAUGUGCUCUUUGAGAAUACGGAUGCUGUUCAUCUGGCUCUGAAGUUAAAUAAUUCUGAGCUAAUGGGAAGAAAACUCAGAGUCAUGAGAUCUGUUAAUAAGGAAAAAUUAAGACAAAAUUCAAAUGCGGGUUUGAAGAGUACCAGUAAACCUAAGCAGGGAUUUAACUUUGCUUCCACACAUGCAAGACAGUCUAACAGUAUAUUUCUUGGAGAAAAAGCUGUUCUCAUUAAGAAGAAGAAGAAAGGGCAGAAGAAAAGUGUACAAAUUAAGAAACCAAGAAAACAAAAGUCAUGAUGAAGUGGCUUUUCUGUGGACUAUUGUUGUGACAGUAGAUCUGUGGAUUGUGUCCACUUUUUAUUGUUUAAUGUAUGUAAAAAUGUGAAUAUUUUACAUUGCUAGUUUACUCACAUUGUAAUACUUACUUGAAGGGAUUUUAUAUGUAAACAGAUUUAUUACCAUAGGAUCUGAGUUACUACUAAUGGCAGUACUGGCCCAGGGUGAACAUACAGAUUAUUUUCAUACAGAAUAUUUUCUCUCAAGAAUAUUGUUUGUAUUAAACUAAGCUAAAGAAUGAUUAAAUUUAAGAAAAUAAAGCUGGGUUCUGAUGGCUUA